GAAAAAUGUCCACCGGCCGCCGUUUAGCCAAACGCUCCAUCAUCGGCACCAAGGUGUGCGCCCCGGGUCCGGACGGCCUCUGGUACUCCGGCGUCAUCGCGGACGUUAAGACGCCGCCCUCGUACUCAACGGGCGGGAAGCCGAUUCUACCGUUAUCGCCGCCGCCACCGCCAUCGUCGCACACUUUCUUGGCGCCCGGCGACACCCAACUGAACGCCGAUACGCGCUACAUGGUCCGUUUCGAUUUCAAGACCGCUGUCGACUCCGGUAUUUCGUCCUCCGCGUCGUCCCCGCCCUCGGGCCUAUCAUCCUCCACAGAUCCGUCGUCGUCGGUCAUUGUGGAGGCGCGUCGCGCCGCCGCCGCUGCCGCCGCCAGUGUGCACAUCAGUCCAGCUCAGGCCUUGCGCCGCAGCGCCAUGAUCAAGGAGUUCCGCGAGUCGGAUCUCAUUGGACCCGGCUUCCGAUCCAUUAUGGAAACGGAGCUGCAGCCCGGCCAGCGGGUCUACUUUACAUAUAAUGGACGCGAGCAGAGUGGUGACGUUAUCCAGCACGAUGCCAGCAAGGAUGAGGUGAUUGUGAAGAUUACCACAAUUGGAAAUGAGGAGCCCAUUGAGCUGAAGAAGCGCCUGGAGGAAGUGCGUCUGCUGGAAUCGCGACGCUCCGCCCGCUUGGCUGACCAGGAUCGCGACACGGACUUCGCACGACUCGCCGACAUGAGUGGCGACCGCCGCAGAACCACCACACACAGUAUUGAGGUGCCACCGCCGCUGACGCCGCAGCACAACUCACGGAAACGUCCGCCCAGCGAUCAUCAUGACUAUGGCAGCGAUCCGAGCAAGGAUGACGUGAUAAAGGCAUGCGAAGCCCUCAUUUCUAUGAAGAAUCACAGUAAUGACGCCCUCAUGAACCUUCAGAGCGGAGUGGCCGACAUCCGGCUGCAGGGCUCCAGUCCCGGCAGCAGCUCAUCGGCCUCCUGGAGCUCCGGUUCCGCCUCGCCGCCGCUGAGCGAUGACGGCCACGCCCACCACAGCCCACACAGCCACAUUAUAAUGUCGCCGCAUGACGCGGCCAGCGCUCGCAUACGCACAACAUCCGUGUCCACGUCGGACGAGGGCAUUGUCAUUGACUUCAAGGAGGAUCGCAAGAAAAAGGUGAGUGCCAUGGAGUCUAUUAGCCCGCUUUGGGUCCCUGCAACUGCGGCCAGAACUGUGAGUUAACUUUUCAGCCGCUUAAAUGCCCCGGGCAACAAUAACAGAAACAAAAAACGUGAAGCACUUUACAGUCAAAAGGAAAAAAAACAUGAAAAAAAGAAAAUAUAUCGAGUGGGGCUUACAAAGUUUGCCGUAAAAAAAAACCAUUGAACGGUUAACGAACGAAAAUCGACCCAUUGAGCGAAGCCUAAAAGGCAAUUUAAGCGCCUUUUGUGCACAUCGCGCAUACGCCGCAUGGGCCGGCUUUGCGAGUAGUCCCUCCUCCUGGACCUGGAGGUGGACCCGGGUCUGGAAUGAAUACUGGUUGCUACCAACCAACCAACCAACCGACCAACUCGGCCUGUCCCCCGGUCAUUACGAAAGUUAUUCAUGCGAACUGUUUGCCCCGGCCAUUACAUCAGCCGGAGAGUGUCUGGGAAAAUGCGGAAAUUUCGGCGCUGCCAGGAAAAUUUAUGAAAAUUGCCAUGUGCCAGACUGGUCCCGACUAGAUCGCCGCCACUCCUCGUCCGAUUCCUUUUUUUUUAUUCACUUUCCCUGCCAAUUGUUUCGAGCGGGUCAAGCGGGUGGCAGCUGCUGCCGGCCAAUUGCCGGCCUUUAUUUGGCCCGGCCAUUUGCAUUCCGAGUAUUGCCACGUCCCCAUGUCCAGCAGUUGUCAAAUUGUCAAUGCAAAUGCCUUGCCACGUCCACUCGACGGAUAUUCUAUCUAUCGGCGUUGAAUUUCAAUUAAGUUUCGCUCGCGAGCUGGCGAGCUCUUUAAAUUGCAUUUGACCGAUAUCGGAUCGAAUGGGGUCGCUCUGGGGUUUUACUGUGCGCUGUUCUGCUUUUCUGGGGCUUUCCAACCCCCGUGCGAAUGGCGAACCUGAUUCCCCGAAUCGCAUUUAGCAACCAUCACCCCUCACUGUCCAAAUUAUGGUAUGACAACUCCUCUGCGCUGACUCCUUCGAGUCACGAACUCCUCGUCCGCAUAUCAAAUAACAAUUGCUCAACAUUCGAGUGGAGCUGGGUGGUAAACAGAGACCCGACCGACCGCAAGCAAAUUGAAUUAAUUAAGAAACGUGUAUUAUAUUACCCAAAGGCAGGGGGAGGGGGCGCUUAUGAUAAAGCAAAAUUAAUACAGAGAACUGGGAAGGGAAAAGCCUAAAAGCCCACGCUAAGCUAUGCUGAAUUAUUAAAAUGAUUUAAGCUGCCAAAUUGCUUAAGCAAUAUUUUCCCUUUUUCUUUAUUCUUCAUUCGACUUUUCGGUUCGGUUCGAGGAUUUCCCCCGGCCAAGUAGAGUUUCGCCCACGCUUUGGGCCCUUAGUUUCGGGGUUAUUGUUCGAGUCGAGAAAGAGAGGUAAAAGAAAGCAAAAUUCUAAUUAAAAAUCUUCCGGCAUUUUGGCGUUUUAUCUAAACAGGAAGAGCUUGCCGCAGACAGAGCACAACAACAAAGUCUCCCAGAGAGCGAGAGUGCGAUAAAGGCGACACUUUCGCCGGAGUCCUUGCCGCAUAAUGAAAAGUCUUCCGAAUUGGGUCAGGCAAGAAAUUAAAAAGCUCCCCCUUGGUGUGUUUUUUUUUCUUGGGCGAGAACAAAGGAAAAAGUUAAGUUGGCAACUUCAACUUAAAGCUGCUGCUGCUGCCGUUAUCAUUCGCAAUUAGACGCGUUGACACUUGGCCCCCGGUAUCCCAACUUGGCCAACUUUUUGCCGACUUUUCCGACUUCUCUGGGAGUGAAAAGUGGCAAGUAAAGAGCGAAAAGUUCAGUGGGCCAUCCGGCUUACAGAUUCCGGAGUUGCCCUGCAAAUUGGACGGUUAAGUGGAAGCAUCUGCCGAGGAGGAGUCGCAGGACUCGCAGGAGUGUGUGCAGCAAAUUGAAUAUUUAAAUCCUCAACUGAAAUCCUUGCAUGCGUCAAAUUGAAAAGGGUUUGUCCCGGGACUGCCUCCUUUGGUAGCAUAAAAUAUGCAAAGAAAACGGAAUGGAAACGAAACAAAAUUAUGUUUAAUGCAGCGUUUUUCCCAGCUAUUUCCCCCUUGUUUUCCCAUUUUUUUUGUUUUCUUUUGGAAAUAGAAAUUGCUUUCAAAUUUGCUUACAUUUUUUAUUUCUCCAACUCCCAAGUCCAACUCGUUGUUUUUCUCGUUUAUUUCUGGGCUGCGUGCGUGUUCAAUUUGCAAGUGCAAUGGAAGUGAAAUUGAAAUUCACCCUGCCUGCGGCUGUCUGUGUCUCAGUCUCUGUCUCUGUCCCUCUUACUCCAUCCAUCUCUUUCUGGUUACUUGGUUUUGAAGUUUGGGUUUUGGUUUCCACUUUGUUGCGGCUGUUGUCGCUGUUUAUGCAACCUACCGCUGCCACUGCAAUUGGCAAUUGGAUUUCCUGCUUGCACUCGAAAUCAAAACUUUGUUUUCUACACGUACAUACAUAUAUACCUAUAUAUAUAGGGAAGUAAUCAUGCGAGUCCAAAGUUGAUCCUUAGGACUCCUCCAAGUUAGGUAAACAUCUGGUUCCGGGCAAAAGUAUGCCAAGUCAGCAAUUCAAUUCGCAGGACUUUGUUAACAACUUUUCCCAGCAUUUGCCUAAGUCCGUAUUAACCCAUUUUUUGGGGGCUGAAAUGCAGAAUGUGGACGCUGCCCUACCUCAGCGAGGAUUAGGCCUUGGCUCUUUGGAGCGAGAGCUCUUCAACAUGUUGCACACAUCGUAUACUCGAUAUGAAUCGGCCGCCGAAAGCCGAUUGCCGCCAUGUCUAAUUUGCUGGCCAUAAGCAGCUUACCAACUUUCCCCGCCCCCUCGCUCCGAUCCGCCCAUAUUAAAAAGGCAUUUUAAACACACACACACACACAUAGUCUUGGCCUUCUCCCUCCUUCUGCUGUUUUUUAUUUCUGGCUAAACGACAACGACAACUUUUGAGUGGCGCAUAAUACCUGAAAAGUAAUGUGACGACCGACCGAUAUCGGUCGUCCUUGGGGAAAUGAUAGACUCAAACUCGAACUGGCAAACACCGAAAAAAGCCUGAGAGGAACUCAGGCUCAGGCAAGUUGAUUAUAUUUCGUAUUUGGCUUUUUUCCCUUGGUCAUUUCAAGUGUUCUUCUGCCAUUUUGCGCAGUUUUUCCGUCAGUUUCCUCCUUUCUGCUGGAAAAUUAUUAGAUGGCCAUUUUUCCGGCACGUGCUUGGCACACCCCCAGCCCCGUCGCGACGUCGAAAAAGGCAUCAAGUUUUUGUCAGGGCCAGUUUACGAGGCGAUUGCCUUCGGGGGCCAAAUUGAAAUGUGCCUCGGGAGACCCAAAUGGUCUUCAAAUGGCCGAAGAGCCUGAAAUAUGAUAGCAAACGGUACGGGGCGGGCGUCGCUCUCCUCCCAAAUUGAGAUAUUUUCCAAUUUACAUCUCCGGCGAAGCCAUCGAAGCAGUGCAACAUAAAUUCCCAGAUACAAUGUGACAUCGCUCGCGCUCUAUAUAUACUUAUGUAUAUACAUAUAUAUGAUGCAUCUCGAGUGGCGUUCGUACACAAAGCGGAAUACGCUUGACCUGGUUUAGUUCUGCAUCCCCCGGCACUGGCGACAGGGACACUCUCGUCCCUACAGCUCCCAUCCCCUAGAUCUCUCCCUUGCCUUGCAGCAUACAUAAAUUUGGCCAAGUACAGUUACUGCCAUGUAUGUAUGCUCGCUCGCUAGCAGGCCUUGAUGCUGCCCCAUUGUUGUUGGCCAUGUUUUUGUUUCGGCAGCCUCUCGCUUGGCAAUUGCAAUUUCGCAAGGUCACCCAGGCGCAAAGUGAAUUCGCUCCCUCUCUCUCUCGUGCUGUCUCUAUGUAUACAUUGAGAUAUAUAAAAAAUAUAUAUAUAUGUAUAUCUGAUGACCCAGUUACUGGGACCCCUGGCUUAACUGGGCCUGCAUUCUGGCCAAGGGUUUCUGGGUCACAGUACAGUUUAAGCCGGCGACAAGCGCAGCUUCCACUCGGCAAGCCAAAUGGCAGCCAGUCAGGCUCAAAUGAAAAUAGAUGAGGCCCAGAGCUCACCCCAUAAAUAUGGCUUGUUCAAACAGAGAGAAAUUGGACUUACUUUUGGUAAUAAAUUGGGAGGAAAAGAGAGAUUAAAAUAAGGGUUAACGUAAUAAUACCUUUUUUGAUGAGAAUUUCUAGGAUUAUAAUUAUUUAAUUGUAUGUUUAGCACCAAGGAUACGUUUAUAGAUCACCUGAGCAUGUCUUUAAAUAUUUAUUAUAAUUAUUAAGGAGUGCCUUAGGAGUCUGUAGGUUUUAAAAACAUCUAAAAAAUUUUAAAUAAUUUUACAUUAUAAGAAUAGAAAAUCUUACUAAUUUCGGUACUUUUUUUGUUAGAGGUCUUAAAAAGUAUUUAUGAUCAAAUAUGGAAUUUCGUUUCUUUCUCUGCUAUAUAACACGUAUUUGUGUGUAAACUUGAUGAAGGUACAGUCGAUCUAUGUGUGUGUUUGUGGUAUGUCCUGGCUGCCUGUCACAAAGUUUGACAUUCCAUUCGCCCCGUAAGCCAAUUACUUUUUAGGUCCAACGUCCAGCCAAGUCCUUCGCCACUAUCCAUCCGCCUGGCAACCAACCACACAUCUUGUUAAGGUCCGUGUUGAUUAGGACCGUUCCCAACAGCCAAGAGGAGGAGUAGCUGGGAAGGGGUAUGAGGCAAUGGCAACGGCAACCCAUUCAAGCUCCAUUUGGCAAUUACCGCAGCAAUAAAAGUCAACGGCAAGUGCAGCCAGCCACACAUUUUAUUAGCAGGCAGCAGUAGCAGCAGCAGCCCUUGGUACAAUUUACGUGUGUCAAAUAAUAAUUUCGUUGUCCCGGCCGCUUAUCUCCGGGACAAGUGAAAAUCCCCUUUUUUCCAGGGGCCAGAAAUUUACAUUUCACAAUUUACGAAAAUUUUUAUGUCAUAAUUGGAUUCAGUGUGGGCCAUUGUGUAGCUUUUCCCUUACUUUCCCACUUACCCCCCCAGAGAUGUGACAUUGAACAGCGAUAACGGGUGGCGACAGAGCCGGAUAGCUGGCGAUGGGUGAUGCGGCUUUAAGUUAGGGUUGCGGUGGCCAUUAAGACUUGGCCCAAGUAUGCCUGCUGAUAAGGAAUUUAAUGCCCGAAGGAGGAGGCGGGUGGUGGGGUGGCCGGGGUAAAUUGAGCGUGGCCGGAUAUUGUCGUUGCUGGCAGACAUGUUUAGUGGAGCACAGAACUAGUCGGGACGAUGUACGUUUGUUUUUGACAGCAGCAAGCGGAAUUCAUUUCCACUUCCUGGCUGUUGCAUACCCUCGGGCUGACCUGGAAAUUGUUCCCAGAAAAGUACAUCUUUCGAAACGUUGCAAUGCCAUUCCAUUUUGAUCUAAUUUUCGGUGGAUACAAAUUGAGCCAAGCACAUGAGUUACACAUUCGAGUUGUGUCGAGUUUUUCGGCAGCAUGUUUCCUCUCAAGUGAACACAAAGUCGCCUGUUUCACGAACUUUUCGCAUAAAUUUUAUAUACGAAACGUGUUGGCAUGUGUCCCUGUGUAAAUGCACAGCAAGAAAUGUAGGAUCCUGGGGAUAGAGUUAAUAAUUCUUUAACUAUUUAAAGAGAUAUGUGGCGAGGUCACAAGAUCUUUAUUUAUGAGAAAAAACUUGUUUUUUGGUACUAUUAUUUUGUUAAGAAGGCUUUUUUUUCUGCAAGUGCCGCUCAGGCUCAACCCUUAAGCCGGGAUAUCUAGCCCGUUUUUGGCCAUGUCGCUGGGCCAUUGUGAUU